AUGCAAGAACCCAAUACAACUUCAUCUAGGCCUCGCCGCAGACCUGGCAGAGGUAGAAGACAUCAGCAACCAUAUGGUCAAGAAUUUCAGCCAUCUGAAUCUAUUGAUAAUGCAGGCAAAAACAAGGACCGCCAACCGCAAGCCCGCGCCUUUUCAACCUUGAACGCAAUGCGUAACGCUGCUUCAAGCGCAGAGGCACAGGUCGAGACAGAGCCAAAUGCAGAGGAAGAUGUUCCUACAUCAGAUGGAGAUUUGGUAGAAAGCCUCCCAAGCAUUCCCACGCCUGCGGAUACACCAUUGUUUGCCGACCUAGCAAAGGAUGGCCUCAUUGAUCCUGUCUUGCUAGCGACAAUCUCGCAAGAUCUGAAGUUCGAACACAUGACGCCAGUGCAAGCAGCCACCAUCUAUCCUCUACUAAAAGACCAGUGCGAUAUGUUGGCGCAAGCUAAAACUGGAACUGGAAAGACUAUCGCGUUCUUAUUGCCCGCCCUCCAAAAGAUGAUCCAUAGAGAGGCGCGUCUAAAUGGCCAAGUCUCUCUUCUCGUCAUUUCACCUACUAGAGAGCUAGCAAUGCAAAUCGCCAAGGAGGCACGCGCCUUAUUACAACGCCUGAAACAUUUCAAUGUAUGCAUCGCGAUCGGCGGCACGAACAAAGACGCAGAGGAGAAAAAAAUUUCACGAGGCUGUGAUAUUUUGAUUGCCACUCCUGGUCGACUCCAUGAUCAUUUAACGACAGAAGACAGUUCGGUCAAAAACAGGCUACAGAGCGUUGACACCUUGGUCUUAGAUGAAGCCGAUAGACUUCUAGACAUGGGCUUUAUCGACCCCAUCAAGAAGAUCAUCCAAUGCCUCCCUCCCAGGACCGCCAGGAAGAGACAAGGCAUGCUCUUCUCCGCUACAGUUCCCGAACACGUCAAAAAGGUUGCCCAAUUAGCCUUAUCUCAGGACUACAAGACUAUCUCUACUAUCGCUGAAGGCGAGUUAAACACGCACGAGCGUGUUCCCCAGCAGCUUAUCGUAGCCAACACCUUUUCCGAUUUAGGGCCUGUUCUCCUCGGUGCAUUACGUCAAGAGCGCGAAAUUGUCGGCCACGAUACAUUCAAAGCCAUAGUAUUCGCGCCAACGGCACGCCUGGCCGAUUUCUACGUAGAAGUACUUGAGAAAUGUCCUGGCUUACCUAGUGUUGUCACCAUCCAUUCUCGAAUGUCGCAAUCCAAACGAACCAAUGUAACAGAACAGUUCCGCAAGGCGAAAAGCCAAAUUCUCAUUGCCACCGACGUCAUCGCCCGAGGCAUGGACUUUCCAUCAGUCACCAACGUCUUCCAAGUCGGCAUCCCCUCAGAUAAAGAAUCAUAUGUCCACCGGCUUGGGCGAACCGCCCGUGCGGGUGCCGAGGGACGAGGCACUUUCAUUGUCACCUCGCACGAGCUUUUCUUUCCGCGACGGAUAUUGAAAAACAUCAAGUUCGAGGAAGCAAAACCAGAUGUCAGCGCCCGCCAGGAAUUUCUAGGGAUAGCCAAGGAGUUAGACGCAGAUUUCCACGAAAAGGUAUAUCAGGCGUGGCUAGGCUUCUACAAAAGUUUCGUCAAACCGCUGGGCUGGGACUCAAAUCGACUAGUGCGAGAAGCUAACAAAUUUGCCCAAGAUGGCAUGGGCACACCCGAAGUACCGUCGCUACAGAAGAGCACAGUCGGAAAGAUGGGAUUGAAGGGCGUCGCCGGGCUUAAUAUCCGCCCGAAUGACCCAAGGCCUCCAAAAAGAGAAACGGCUGGCGGCGGGACUUCAGCUUCUGUAGAAGAUUGGCACAAAGCAUGCUUGAGAAUACGCUAGUCAUCUCGGCAUCGUUUCGUGAACGGUCUUUGCUUCGAGGCGGGAAGACAUAUUUGACUCCCUGUCUGCGAAGCAGCUCCCCUCUCAGCCUUAAAAGUUAUUAGAAGGCAAUUGAUAUUUAAUAGAGAUAAACAUAGACCGCAACGAACCAAUUGUCUUUGAUGAGAUUUCUGUGGGAUUUUUGGUGACGCGUUUAAAGAGCUGAUGGUUCACACUCUAAUCUAUGCACACGUGGUAGACACGCCAAGUUCAAGAUUUUAUGUAUCAUUAUACACACUGACGCGCACUCAACUUAGGCUCGGCCGCUAUACGAAUGAACCGUCUCGCUGCUAUCCGUGCCGUAUUCAAGAUAGCUUGCCAACUGUACGGUCAUGGAUGAUUCCGCCAUUUCUGCUGGAGACCGUCUCUGAAGACGCGACAGUCGACCACCCUGUGGGGUUUCCUGAGGUACCAGCAAGUCAUCAAAUUGGUCGGAAAGCGAGCCCAGAUGCGCUGCACUUGGCUGCUGCAAAGGACCCUGGAGAAUAACUAUUUCCCCGGAAGGCAAACCACGCAAAGGUUCCAUGGCAAAAUUGCCUCCGUGCUCAUUGCCAUCAUGGUUUCUACUGUUUUCGAUCAUGUACCGACGCUCGGAUAGGUGGCUAUCGGUCUGUCGUCGAACAGAUAGAAUGGUUGAGGUCUUGGUAACAAAAGA